AAAUUCGACCACUUUUCUCUCUUUCUGUCUCCACCCCAGGGUUUUCGACUUGCAAGACAGCAGCAGAAAUGAUUCAUUUGGGAACAGACCAGUCCUCUUCAGGAUUGUGAGACGUCCUCUCUGAGAGUUAUAAUGAGUUAUCAUCAGGGGGCUGAAGGUGAAGCCAUCCCUAAAGAAAGACUUGAGGGAUGGGUCACCAAACAAGGAUCUUGAUGAGACCAUGGACCCUGAUAUGAGGGUUCAUCUGGAGAGACCAGUGUCACCAAUCCCCAGUUAUCUAUCAAUAAAGAGUGACAAAUCAUUGAUGAUCCCUCUUGGAUUCAAGGACGGAGAAUUAGCUAAAAUAGAGGGGAACAAUUUGAAUCAUCUCCAGCUACGUACAGCUAGUCAUAUGUCUACGAGUGACCAGAGUGACCAGUCAUUGAAUUUAAGCAGAGACCCAAGUGAUGAUGGAGACCAAACCAGGGAUGGAAGCCUCAUCAGGCCAGAAGAGAUGGUCUGUGAUGUCUGUGAGGUCAAAGCUGUGAAGUUCUGUCAGACCUGCACUCUCUCCUACUGUGGGACCCACGUUAAGAAGCACUACACAGUACCUAAACUACAGAGACACACCCUGGUGGAGGUGACUGGAGACCUGGAGGAGAGACUCUGUCAGGAACACCACAGAGCUCUGGAGGUGUUCUGCAGGAKAGACCAGAAGCUGAUCUGCAGUCUGUGUMRAUCAUACUAG